CCAGUUACUCUCUCUCUCUUACCCAUCUCCCUCCUCCUCCCGCUUCUUCUCUUCCCACCACACCGAUUCCAGACCUGACCAUGAAUCGGUCAGGCUGCCUCCUCAGUGUCCUCAGCCUCCUGGCCUGCCUCAUCUCCGUUGUGCAAGCGUGUCCCCCGAGCUGCCACUGCCACGGCGGGGACCUGCAGCACGUCAUCUGUGACAAUGCUGGGUUGAAGAAGAUCCCCAAGGUGCCUGAGCAAACACGGCUUCUCAACCUGCAGAAGAACAAUUUCCCUGUCCUGCCGACCAAUGGCUUCCGGGACAUGAAAAAGCUGGUGUCCCUCCAUCUCCAGAGCUCACGGAUCAAGGAGAUCUCAGCCGGAGCCUUCAGAGGGCUCAAGAACCUGGUCUACCUCUACCUCACCGACAACCAGAUCAGCGUCAUAAAGCCGGGAGCCUUUGAUGACCUCUCUGAGCUCACCUACCUGUACCUGGACCAGAAUAAGAUCCCAGACUUAUCCAAAGGGAUCCUUUCCCCUCUGGUCAAUCUCUUCAUCCUGCACCUAGGCAGCAAUAAAAUCCGGGAGCUGAAAGCGGGGGUCUUCAGUGGCGCUAAAGACCUGCGCUGGCUCUUCCUCUCUGACAACUCCCUCACCAACCUCCUGCCCGGGGCCCUGGAGGACGUUGAAAAUCUCGCUGUCCUCCACCUGGACAAGAACCAGCUGAGCAGCUAUCCUGUGAGCGCAAUGAGCAAGCUGAGAGUGCUGGAGGAGCUGAAGCUUUCCCACAACCCAAUCGAGGUGAUUCCAGACAACGCUUUCCAGUCCUUUGGGCGUUACAUGCAGACUCUGCACCUGGACAACAUGAAACUGAAAAAGUUUGCAGACAACGCGUUCGCCGGCGUCACCGUUCUGAAGGCCGCACACCUGGAGAACAACCGGCUGACGCAGCUGCCCCGCAACUUCCCCUUCGACAAGAUGGAGACCCUGACGCUCUCCAGGAACGCCUGGCACUGCAACUGCCAGCUGGCACAUCUGCGCAAGUGGCUGAAAGCCAAUCGCACCCGCACGGAGGACACGUGCUCCACGCCGGCGCAGUACCGGGGGCAGUCCAUCAGGGACACCCCUGCCCUCCGCACCUGCAAGCUGCCCACCAAGCGGUCCAGGAAGGGAAGCCGCCAUUAAGCACUGCCAGAGACGUUAUGGAUUAGAGAUGGAAAUACCAGUCAUUCCAUACAGGGUGGAUAAAGUUCUGAGCAGAGACGGAAAAACUUUGGUUUCUAAACCACAAUACUUAAAUACUUCACCUUCUUCUCUCCCUGCCUGAACUCGGUUUCAGCUCACUCCUCUAGGAAAAGAGUAAGAAAACCAUGACAAUAACAGCUGGUUUUCCUUUUGCACCUUUGGCCCAGCUCACUCUCAAAAAUUUAUAAACGUUAAUGAAAUAAAAACCAAUUUACCCCAGUCUUGCAGAAGACAAAGCUCAGUAUCUUCAGGUGUAAGAGCCACAGUGCAAGCACACAAAUCUGUUCCAGUGCAGUGACACAACUGUAGGGGACACAAAGCUCCCGAGUCACUGCGCAGCUCUCGAGAGGUGGGCAGCUUUCCCCGAUGGCAGCUCUCAGGCUUUCAGAGACACGGUGGCUCUCUCACUGUGCAGGAGCCACGUGUCAGAUGAAAGGCUGUCUGGCAGUUCCUAAAAGUCUGCCUGCUCUGGAGCUCCACCGCUCUUCACCCCUCCAGCUGCUCUUCUCUCCCUGCCGCGGGUUUCUUCCCUUACAGAGGAAGCGCUCACCGGCCACAAACACUUCAGGUACAACUGGAGACACACAGCAAGUUGGCAUCAGAGGCUGCAGAUGCGACUGAUGCAUCUCCUCCAUCGUGGGAACUGGUGGUGGCUUCUUGAGUUCUAGUUCUUCUAUUUCAAUUGUAGGCUUCACUCACACACGGUGUAAAAAAAAAAACCAACAAAAAACAAAUGCACAAAAGCUCCAAGUUUAAUGAUGCGCUUAAAGAUGCCCCUAAAGGUGGGAUUUUCCUUUCUUCUUCCCAGCAGGACCCGGUACGGCCUGUCCUGGUGACCGGUCACCCCAAUCAUCAGAAAACUACUGACCUCCGAGUCCUCCCUUAAGCUUCUCCUAUCUGUCAGGAAACAUAGCUGAUAUAUCUGAACAUCUCCAGCCUCCUCCAAAUCCCCGCUUCUCUGCUGCUUGCAGGAUGGAAUCCACCUUUUCGCUCUUUUCCAACAUCUAUAUACUUUAAAAGAGGCAUUUAAAAAAUAAACGAUGCAUGACCAUACUGAGAGCUAACCUAGAUCCUGCCGGUAAAGCACAGUCAUCUUUCCCAGAGGCGACGGAACCCACGUCCCAGAUCAAGCAGUUUGUCUCUGUCCCUCCCCUUCCAAUAGAGCGGAAGCAAUAGGAAGGCAGAAGCGUUCUUCCCCAGCUGCUUGACCAGGAAGAUUGGUCUCAACCCGUUCCGUCCUCUUUCUUCCCCCGGAGGGGAUCCCUGCAGGCCAGGGCCGAGGAUGGCAGGUGCAGCAGUGCCCAGGAACCGGCGGCCCUGAGGCAGAGCUGCCCUUGGCUCCCACAGGCAGCGACUUCCCUAAGCCAGACAGAAACCCCUGAGUGAAGCGGUGCUGGGAAAGCCCGGAGCUGAAGCGAGCUGAGGACUGGAUUCCCUCCCACUCUGAGGGUCUACCGAGAUGUACGCAUGCCCAGGAGGAGGAGGCGUGCAGCACGCUGCCCUGCUCAGCACCCCUCCUCACCCUGCUCACAGGACCCAGCAGGACACCAGGAUGACUGUGGUUUAUUGUCAUGGCUGUUACAAUGCCACGGUUGCAACUUAACUGUGUUUUUUAAUCCUAAAGAGAUAUAUAAAUGUAUGUAAAAAAAUAUUUAUUCCUCUGUAACUGAGUGUAAAUGACCCUCAAGAGGACGAAAACUCCUCUGUCUCCUAUAUAGAAAUCAAAUUGUAUAUUUUCUUAUGUACAUCUUCUGUAUAAAGCUCUCGCUGCAAAGAUGAA